AUGAGUCUGAGUACAAUAGAUAUGAUGAUGACGAGAAGUUUUUUAGUUUACUUCUUGGGACUUUUAUGCCUUCUCAGCUCUGUAAACGCUUUGCUUUCUUCUAAAGGAGUUAACUUUGAAGUGCAAGCUCUGAUGGACAUAAAAGCUUCAUUACAUGAUCCUCAUGGUGUUCUUGAUAACUGGGAUAGAGAUGCUGUUGAUCCUUGUAGUUGGACAAUGGUCACUUGCUCUCCAGAAAGCUUUGUCAUUGGCUUGGGCACACCUAGUCAGAAUUUAUCUGGUACAUUAUCUCCAAGCAUUACCAACUUAACAAAUCUUCGGAUUGUGCUGUUGCAGAACAACAACAUAACAGGAAAAAUUCCUGCAGAGAUUGGUCGGCUUACAAGGCUUGAGACUCUUGAUCUCUCUGAUAACUUCUUCCGCGGUGAAAUUCCUUUUUCACUAGGCUAUCUACGAAGCUUGCAAUACCUGAGGCUUAACAACAAUUCUCUCUCUGGAGUUUUUCCUCUGUCACUAUCCAAUAUGACCCAACUUGCCUUUCUUAUCGUUGGAAACCCACUGAUCUGUCCAACGGGUAAUGAACCAGACUGCAAUGGAACUACAUUGAUACCAAUGUCUAUGAACUUGAAUGAAACUGGAGCUCCUUUAUACCCCGGUAGAUCGAAGAAUCACAAAAUGGCAAUUGCCGUUGGAUCCAGCGUUGGGGUUGUAUCAUUGAUCUUCAUUGCUGUUGGGCUGUUCCUCUGGUGGAGACAGAGACAUAGCCAAAACACAUUCUUUGAUGUUAAAGAUGGGUAUCAUCAUGAGGAGGUUUCACUUGGAAACCUGAGGAGAUUCGGUUUCAGGGAGCUUCAGAUCGCGACGAAUAACUUCAGCAGUAAGAACUUACUCGGGAAAGGAGGCUAUGGGAAUGUAUACAAAGGAAUACUCGGAGACAGCACCGUGGUUGCUGUGAAAAGGCUUAAAGAUGGAAAUGCACUAGGAGGAGAGAUUCAGUUUCAGACGGAAGUCGAAAUGAUCAGUUUAGCUGUUCAUCGAAACCUACUAAGACUCUACGGCACGGUGGGUCACAUCGCUCCCGAGUAUCUCUCAACCGGCCAAUCCUCAGAGAAAACCGAUGUUUUCGGGUUUGGGAUUCUUCUUCUUGAGCUCGUAACCGGACAAAGAGCUCUUGAGUUUGGUAAAGCGGCUAACCAGAAAGGCGCGAUGCUUGAAUGGGUUAAAAAGAUACACCAAGAGAAGAAACUUGAGGUGCUUGUGGAUAAAGAGUUGCUGAAGAAGAAGAGCUAUGAUGAGAUUGAGUUGGAAGAGAUGGUGAGAGUAGCUUUGUUGUGCACACAGUAUUUGCCUGGACAUAGACCGAAAAUGUCAGAAGUUGUUCGGAUGCUCGAAGGAGAUGGACUUGCAGAGAGAUGGGAAGCUUCUCAAAGAUCAGACAGUGCUUCAAAAUGUAGCAACAGGAUCAAUGAGUUUAUGUCAUCUUCAGACAGAUAUUCUGAUCUUACUGAUGACUCUACUUUACUUGCGCAAGCAAUGGAGCUCUCUGUGUAUGUUCUUUGUAAUUCAUGUUUGGAAUCUUGGAAUUUCAAACGCUUUUCAAUUUCUCCCGUAUCCAAAAACUCGCGUAGCCAUAUCCUUCAUUGCUCUCUCGCCGCCGCUGCUCAACGCUCUCCGGCCUACAGUAUAAAUCCGACAAUGCCUACCGUGAGUCUCGGCAGAGACCGUUUGUUCGCUGCCCUGGGAGAAUCCUACACUCAGGAAGAGUUUGAAGAUCUGUGUUUCCGUUUUGGUAUUGAGCUUGAUGAUGUGACAACGGAGAAAGCAAUAAUCAGGAAAGAGAAGCAUAUCGAAGAAGAAGCUGAUGAUGAUGAAGAAGUCAUCUACAAGAUCGAAAUUCCUGCCAACAGAUACGAUUUGCUCUGCCUUGAAGGGCUUGCCCAAGCUCUCCGCGUUUUCAACAAGAAGCAGGAGAUACCAACCUAUAGGCUUGCUGACAUUGGCAAAGACAAGAUGCUUAAAAUGAAUGUUAAAUCAGAGACAUCUCAGAUUCGCCCAUAUGUUGUAUGUGCUGUUUUAAGAGGCGUAACCUUCGACGAGGCUCGUUACAACAGCUUUAUCGAUCUUCAGGAUAAGCUACACCAGAAUAUUUGCCGGCGAAGAUCCCUGGUCGCUAUUGGAACUCAUGACUUAGAUACAUUACAGGGCCCAUUCACAUAUGAGGCUUUGUCGCCGAUGGAUAUAAAUUUUGUACCUUUGAAGCAAACUAAGAGCUUCAGGGCUGACGAACUAAUUGAGUUUUACAAGUCAGAUUUGAAGUUGAAAAAAUAUCUACACAUCAUUGAGAGCUCACCCGUCUUCCCUGUUUUAUACGACAGUAAAAGAACGGUGCUGUCACUGCCACCUAUUAUCAAUGGUGCACAUUCAGCAAUCAGUCUGCAGACAAAGAACGUCCUCAUUGAGUGUACAGCAACCGAUCUGACCAAGGCCAAGAUUGUUUUGAAUACAAUGGUGACAGCUUUUUCUGAAUAUUGUGAAAGAAAGUUUGAGAUAGAGCCUGUUGAAGUUUCAUAUGACAAGGGAGAGUCAUACAUCUAUCCGGAUUUAGCAGUCUACGACAUGGAAGUUGCACUAUCCUAUAUCAAUGACUCAAUUGGAGUCUCCUUGGAGCUGGAAGAGGUUACAAGUCUGCUGAACCGAAUGCAGUUGCGUGCUGAGCGUUCAAAAUCUACUGACAGCCAAUGUCUCGUAAAAGUGCAUGUACCUCCAAGCAGAAGCGACGUGCUCCACCCCUGUGAUGUUAUGGAGGAUGUUGCCAUUGCCUAUGGUUACAACAACAUCUCGACGAGAAAGCCUGAUUCGAUAAAGCCACUGCCUUUGAAUGAGCUCAGCGAUCUUCUCAGAACAGAGAUUGCGAUGAACGUGUACACUGAGGUUCUGACAUGGAUACUAUGCUCCCACAAGGAAAAUUUUGCAAUGCUUAAUAGAGAAGAUGACAAGUCAGCCGUUAUUAUAGGGAAUCCACGGUCUGCUGAUUUCGAGGUAGUCAGAACGAGGCUCAUGCCUGGAAUAUUGAAGACAGUUGGUUCUAACAAAGACCACCCUAAACCUAUCAAGAUUUACGAAAUAGGUGAUGUGACCUUGUUGGAUGAAACAAAGGACGUCGGUGCAUCCAAUCGCCGCCAUCUCGCUGCAUUACGCUGUGGUGCUACUUCUGGAUUCGAGCUUAUACAUGGCCUCGUCGAUAGAAUCAUGGAAGUAAUGGGAAUCCCAUUUGUAGCAAGCGGUGACAAUACAGGAUACUAUAUCAAGCAGUCUCAAGAACCUGAGUUUUUACCUGGUAGACAAGCCAGCAUCAUUUGCAAAGGGAAACAUGUUGGUUACUUUGGAAUCGUGCAUCCUCAGGUUUUGAACAACUUUGACAUCACUGAUCCAUGCUCUUUCGUGGAGAUUGACAUCCAAGCUCUUAUUAUCCAAAGUUGCAGAAACAGAUCCAUCUUCUUCUUACAAAGAGCAAACCAAACAAUCAUCAAAAGAAAUCAAAAUAUGGAAAUGGCGACAAGUUUUGUAUAUCCACCGCCUCCGUCGAUUCUGCUCAAUACCAUGAGCGUCGUGGGUUUAGCCGCUUUUGCAAAGAUCGGUUGGUCGGAAGUGAGAGGAAACCAUCUGAAAUACUCCAAAUUCAACAACGCAUCAUCACCAUCAUCAUCGCCACAGCCUCAAAAACAGCGAUUCGGCAGCAUCUCAAGCCGAAACGGGAUGCUCUUGUUAUACACACCUGCGUUUCUAGCCGCCUCCGCUUCUUUCUUCGUCUUACCUUCUGAUGAUCUCAGGUUUCUCCUUCUCAAAUCCGCACUUGCCCUCCAUUUCUUCAAGAGGGUCUUCGAGGUUCUGUUCAUUCACAAGUACAGUGGAGAGAUGGCUGUAGACUCAGCUUUCGUCAUAACCAGCAGCUACUUCUCGUCCACGGCGUUGAUGCUAUACAGCCAAAACUUGUCGCUGGGGCUCACGGAGCCAGCUUUGGAUCUGAAAUUCCCUGGGAUUGCCAUGUUCGUGGUGGGAAUCGUUGGGAAUCUGUAUCACCAUUGUUUGCUUGCUAACCUCAGGAAAGAAGAUGGCAAGAAAGAGUACAAGAUACCAAAAGGAGGUCUCUUUGGCACAGUCAUAUGCCCUCACUAUCUCUUCGAGAUCCUUGUCUUCUGGGGCUUCUUUUUGAUUUCUCAAACCAUUUACUCGCUUUCUUUCGCCAUGGGAACAACUUUCUACCUCAUCGGUCGGAGCUACGCUACGCGGAGAUGGUAUCUUUCCAAGUUCGAGGACUUCCCUAAGCAUAUCAAGGCUCUUAUUCCCUUUUUUGGGCGGCAAAUAUUCAGAACCGAUCGUUCUGCAAUAAUGGUGGAUUUUAGAUUCCUUUUCGUCUCCUUAAUGUUCUUCUUCUUCGUCUUCUCUACAGUUUCUCAAUUACCAGACCAAACCGCGGAGAAUAAAUCUGUUCGAAUUCUCUCGAAGACACUCAUUGGCGAUGACGGCAGAGUCUACGCCUGCUCCGACAACGAUUUAUUCUCCUUCGAGUCUAACGGUUCAAUUGCAUGGUCCGUACACAUGAAUUUCAAAUGUAACACCGGUCUAGCUCCGGUUUAUUCUGGUUUUAGUCAGGUGCUUGUUCUUGCAGAGAAUCGAAUCCUGAGAGUUAAUUUCCCAAGAAACGGAACCAAAUCUGAGCCGGAAAUGUUCUUCGAUCCCGGCGAAACGAUUCUCGGUUUCGCGAUAUCAAACAAUGAAGGAGAUCUUUACUCGUUAUCUCUCCGUGGCCCUUACUACCAAUGGAUUCAAGAUUUUAGUCUAGUGGAUCGAUUCUUCACCGUUACACCGGGGAAUAACGGUCUGGUCUAUGUCGUUUUCCCUACAAAAUCGCUUGUUUUCGCAUUGGACUCGUUUUCCGGCGACAUUUUGUGGCAAAAGUCCGUCGGACAAUUAGCAGAAACUUCUGGUUCAGACCCUGUGAUAGACACAAACAGUUGGGUAACGAUUGGUUCACUAGAUGGGACAUUGUACUCGUUUUCACGAACAGGGGAGCUUCAAAUAUUACCUGAAAACGCAGAAACGGAUUCUGUGAUCCAAGUGGAGCCAAUACUCGAUUGUUCGGGCAAUGCGGUCUAUUUUUCUCGGACAAAAUUAGAAGGAAGAGUCGAUGGAGUCAUUGGUGAUAGUAGUUAUGUGUCGGCCAAGAAAUCAGAAACUGCGGUUUUUUCACUUGUGGUUCCAGAGACAAGAUCGAUCUACUGGUCCCAGAGUUAUUCCGAUCAAAUUCCGAGUUCGUUAUUAGACGAUGAUCUACAACAUUUUGUGUUGGACGAGAGGAUUGUUCUUGCGUUCGUUGCAGCCUCUAAUUCUGGAAAUCUAUUACGAUGUCGUUCCAAGCACGACAAACUAUCAUCUAGCUGUUCGUUUUCAGAAGCAGAGCAUCUUGAUAUCUACAUCGGUAACGAAAGAGCGAUAAUUUGGUUUUUACUGUUCGAGUUCGUGAUCAUGGUCCUCUUUGCGGCUCUUGUGAGGUUCUGUUUUAUAUUCUGGAGGAAGAAAAAGCUUCAAGGUCGUCCCUUCAGUGCUUUCUUGGACAAGCGACGUUUUCUGCACAGGAAAAGCAGAGAAAUCGACAGAACCAUAACGAGACUUCAAAAUGAAUCUACGGUAGAUGGAUUCGCGGCUGACAAAAUCGGUGAGUUGGUUCAAGAGAGGGAAAACGUGAAGAGGAAACUCUCUUCUACCUAUAGUCUUGGAAGGGACACAGAUAUGUCAAAGCCAAAAGAUUCUGUUCUUCCCUUGUACGGAGGAGGGGAAUUGAAAAUUUGUCUUGUGUAUCCUCAAGGGAUUCCAAUGCAAAAACAAAAAACCCGCUAA